AUGGCGGAGCCUUCCAACGGGCCCGGGCUCGAGGGAAACGUCGAGGCAACCGUUUCGCAUAAGAUGGGGAACACGAGGUUCUUCGCUUCCGUUGGGGGCGGUAGCAACUUCGCUGUCGCGCGUAUCUCGCCAGACGGCCAUCUGUAUAGUCCCAAUAUCGUCGGCCUCGGGAGGGGUUCCAGCGAUGCCCGCGCGGAGGAACUGCAGAGGCGCAUCAUCAACUCCCAAAAUCUCUUGCGAGUAAACGAGGCCGGAGAUACUCCGCCCCAGGAGCUUGGUCCGACAGUACGGAAAGGCUCACAUGGAGGUAUUCUUCUGGCACAGCGUGCAGUGCCGCUCGCGCGCUUCCUCGCCUCCUUGAUCGCGCGCGCGCAGAUCCUGCAGAACUUCCCCACUGGCGCGCGCUGGUCGAAGAUGACCGAUCCUUCGGGACGGUCGGCUCCGGGCGAGAUCAACGAGCUGUUGUGGUCAUCUGGCAGCAGCCGCACCCUUUGGUCUUCGCCGAGUCCGAGUUCCGCGCCACCAGUGUCCCUCCGCCGGAGCGCGAGCACCGGUUUCUUCAACCUCGGACCGCCGGUGUACGUCGUGAGCGAAGACGCGGAACCCAGCGCGUACUGGAGGUUCGGCUUGGAGCAUGCUGCGAUGUGGAUGAAACGGCUAGCGGAUGAAGUGCCGAGCGCGGAGACGGGGGUGCGGGAGAACCUAGCGCCACUGCCACCGGAUGAUGGGCUGUAUUCGGGUUACGAGGGUAUCCCGAGCGACUUCUGGGACACGUUGACGUACAGGAAUGACCACCCAGCAUUGGUUGGGCUGGCUGCCGCGGACAGCGAACGGAUACCAGUGGGCGAGGUGCCGACGCCCUAUUUUCCUGGGGUGGGGUCGCUGCUGUUUGCAAUGCCCAUGAUGACAGCUGGCUGGGAUGGGAGUGUCGGGAGUGCGCCGGGAUUUCCUGGGCCUGAAGCGGGGUGGAACGUGCUUAUCGAAGGUCUAAACCGGGCGAUGUGA